CAACUGCGGAAAUAGCAAAUUACAAUCAUAUAUAGAUCUCACUUCACCACUUUUCCUCUCUUUCUCUCUCCUCAACGCAACCAUGGUGGCGAACCCAAAACCCUUAGCCACAGCCGCCGGUACACUCCGAUCAAGACUAAUCCAAACCCUCCGAACCCGCGGUGGAGGUGGGCUCGACAGAUGGACUAGCCCAGGUCACCAAGACAGGCCCAAUGGUUACCUCUUCAAUCGAACCCCUCUUCCACCUGGUCAGUCUCGUAAGUGGGAAGAUUGGGAAUUACCUUGCUACGUCACUAGCUUCCUUACCAUCGUCAUCCUUGGUGUUGGGCUCAAUGCUAAGCCCGAUCUCACUCUUGAGACUUGGGCCCAUCAGAAAGCCCUUGAACGUCUUCAGGCCCAAGCCCAACAGAUUUCCUCAUCUGACUCCUCUGAGUAAAUUUUUACUUUAUAUCAUCUUUAAUUUUCUCAUAAUCCUAUGUUGUUAGGGUUUCGGUUUUGUUUUUGUUGAUAUAUGUUUGGGGUUGUAGUGGAGAAAAAAUAAGGGUUUUUGAACAAUUGACCCUUUUUAUUUUUAUUUUUUGGAGUUUUUUUUUGUCAAAAGUAUAUUUUGAUAAAUUGAUAUGCUCUCUUUUAUA